AUGGCGACCGCAGCCCUUAUUAGCCCGAGCUCCCACUACGGUCAUCCCUCGUCCUUCUCUUCCGGCUAUCAACACCACCCAGCUCCAGGACCAAGCAUCGCAGGCAUGAUUUCGCCGAUUGAACCUCGACGACCAUCAGACGAGUCGGAGACUCCUCACCGACAGUCGCUCCCUUCGCUCUCAGAGGUCAUCUCUGGCGCGAAGCCCAGUCCUUACCCCCCUUCUCAGGGUUCCAGCAUGUCAGGCUCUCAAAGCUUUCCCUCGCCUUUUGCUCCUGGACCUCCAAGGUCCUACGCCGAGUCGACGGACAAGAACUCGCCUCGACCCCCUGUUCCUGCUUCGACGUUCCCGCCGAGGCAAGAUGCUCUCCCGGCUAUCUCAGAUCCCCCGAGACCUCCUCCAUUCGCGGGUCGACCGCCUGCACCAUUGGGCGGGUUCUCUGGACCCCAGCCCAGCCCUCCUCUCAAACAUGAGCAUAUGCGGGAUAUGCGCGAGAGCGAUGCGCGCGCCGCCGAGAACACUGGCCCAUACGCUCAACAUUCCAUCCCGCCUCCGCCGACGAUAUAUCCGCAUCCCCAGCACCCGGGCCAGCUUCCGCCAGGACAAGUCCCGUUGCCUGCGUAUCCUGUCUCUCCGCGUCACGCCGGUCCACCUCCCCCUUUUCCCUACGAGGCCCAGCGUCCGACAGCUCACAGGGAGGACCCCGAGUAUGGUCCUGCGCGGGUCAGGACACACCUCGACGCCUGGGGUUAUCAGGAUUGCUUUUCUAGAAUUGGUUCAGCAACAAGAACGAUCUAUAACUUCGCCGAGGCCUACGGCAAGAUUGCUGCGGAACAACAGGGCGCUCAUCAUCCACUGCACGACCGACUUCCAACCGAGCAGGAAUUGAAUGAAAUGAUUGACAAUGUGGAGUACAUUCGAAACUCACUGGACUCGGUGCGACAAGUUGUUAAGGAAAGCAACGAACGUGUACGGGCGGCCGGAAAACAGAAGGGCUACGAUGACGAAGACACACCCAUGUACGACGGCAUGAACAAGGCCUAUGGCAUCACCGAAGUCAAGAAGCGCAGAGGGAGAGCUGCACCUCCUGGAAGAUGCCAUAGCUGCAACCGAAUCGAUACCCCGGAAUGGCGCCGAGGCCCUGAUGGUGCCCGAACACUUUGCAACGCAUGUGGACUGCAUUACGCCAAAUUGGAGCGAAAGCGCCAACUCGAGGCUCGACAAAUCCGACCUAAGCCCUCUGAUGAGAGGAGUUAA